CACCCCCCCUCUCUCUCUCUGUCGCUCGCCCGCUCGCUCUACACACACUCCCCUUCCCUGUCUCAGCUGCUCUUCCUCCCCUCCCCUCCUGUGGAUGGUUUAGCACUCUCUCUCUCGCUCCCUCGCUCCCUCUCUCUCUCUCUCUCUCUGUCUGUGUGUGUGUGUGUGUCUCUCUCUCUCUCUCUCGCAGUCUGGUGGAGCCGCGCACAAGGAUUAGAGGGUUGCUGCGAGUGUCAGCUCAAAGACGCAAAGAAGGAACAAGAGAGAAGACAGAGGGAGAGAUAACAAGAUCUCUAGGAAGGAUAGGUAGCCCUCCUGGUCUGGAUACUGAAGCUGCUUUGACUUUCUUCGCCUGGCCGCUGUCCGUCAUUUCCACGCUCCCCAAGCCAGCCAGCACCCUUAUCGCAGAGCCAAUACCUGGAAGGAGGACGCGCGCAUAAAGUCGGGUGGACCUCCAUGGACCUCCACACAGAGAGCCAUGUGAGAUGUGAGUCCCCCACCCAGCCCCCCGGUACCUUCACGCUGAACCACUCACCCUACAAUCCACGCUCUGAUCUGGGAGACAGAACCAGGAUACCCCCGAACCCCAAAGAGAGACACUUCUAUUAGCACCCGCGUGGAUCUGAUCUUCGUACCCGGGGAGUGACUCUCUGGGCUUGGUGGACCCCAACGGGAGACGCUUAUCUUUGGGGUUACUGGUUUGGGUUUGUGUGUGCGUGUGUGUGUGUGUGUGUGUGUGUGGGUGUGUGAGAGAGAACCCCCCUGGUCUGGAGGCCAGCCAGCAGCGCUCCAGCACCAUGGAUUACCUGUUUGGGAUUGUAGUGCUGCUGUGUGGGGCGUUGCAGCCCGGAAGAGGAGGGGAACCCAAGCACAAUAUACCCCGGCUAAAGCUCUCGUAUAAGGAGAUGUUGGAGUCCAGUAACCUCAUCACGUUCAAUGGUUUGGCCAACAGCUCCAGUUAUGACACUUUCCUUCUGGACGAGGAGCGAGGGAGGUUGUUGGUGGGGGCUGAAGACCACAUCUUUUCAUUUGACCUGGUCAAUAUUAACAGAGACCACAAGCAGAUUGCGUGGCCUGCCACGCCCUCCAAAAGGGAUGAGUGCAAGUGGGCAGGGAAAGACCUAAAUAAAGAGUGUUCGAACUUCAUCCGGGUCCUGCAGCCAUACAACCAGACCCACCUGUACAUUUGUGGAACGGGCGCCUUCCACCCCAUCUGCGCCUAUCUGGAAAUGGGCAAGAGAGCAGAGGACAACCUCUUUCGGCUGGCGUCGCAUUUCGAGAACGGCCGCGGGAAAAGCCCCUACGACCCCAAGAUGCUCUCUGCCUCGCUCCUGAUUGAUGGAGAGUUGUACUCCGGCACAUCUGCGGACUUCAUGGGGAGAGACUUCGCCAUCUUUCGUACCCUGGGAGAUCAUCACCCCAUCAGGACCGAGCAGCACGACUCAAGAUGGCUGAACGACCCCAGGUUCGUGGAUGUAAACCUGAUCCCAGAGAGUGACAACCCGGAGGACGAUAAGAUCUUCCUGUUUUUCAAGGAGAACGCCAUGGACGGUGAGCACACCGGCAAGGCUACCAUCGCCAGGAUAGGACAACUGUGUAAGAAUGACAUGGGCGGCCACAGGAGCCUAGUGAACAAGUGGACCACCUUCCUCAAAGCUCGACUCGUGUGCUCGGUACCGGGAGUCAACGGCAUCGACACACACUUCGACGAGCUGCAGGACGUGUAUCUGAUGAGCACCAAAGACCCCCGAAACCCAGUGGUCUACGCUGUGUUCACCACCUCCAGUAACAUCUUUAAGGGCUCGGCGGUGUGCGUAUACAACAUGGCGGACAUCAGGAGGGUCUUCCUGGGUCCCUACGCCCAUAGGGAUGGCCCCAACUACCAGUGGGUCCCCUUUCAAGGAAGAGUGCCCUACCCACGCCCCGGCACCUGUCCUAGUAAGACCUUCGGGGGUUUCGACUCUACGAAAGACCUGCCCGAUGAUGUCAUCACGUUCGCCAGGGGUCACCCAGCCAUGUACAACCCAGUCCACCCGAUGGGCGGGCGUCCCAUCGUGGUGCGGACGGACGUGGACUACCAGUUCUCUCAGUUGGUGGUGGACAGGGUGGAGGCGGAGGACGGACAGUACGAUGUCAUGUUCAUCGGCACAGACAUGGGAACGGUGCUGAAGGUGGUGACCAUCCCGAGAGAGAGCUGGCAUGACCUGGAGGAAGUGGUGCUGGAGGAGAUGACGGUCUUCAGGGAGCCCACCCCUAUAACUGCAAUGGAGCUGUCUACCAAGCAGCAACAGUUGUACCUCGGCUCGGCCCUUGGCGUAUCCCAGAUGCCUUUGCACCGCUGUGAAGUGUACGGGAAAGCGUGUGCCGAGUGCUGCCUGGCCAGGGACCCAUACUGCGCCUGGGACGGCACCGAGUGUUCCAGAUAUUUUCCAACAGCCAAGAGGCGAACCAGACGGCAGGACAUCAGGAACGGAGACCCUCUUUCCCAGUGCUCAGACCUUCAGCAUCAUGAUGACAUGGAUGGACUAGGGGGCAGUGUGGAGGACAGGAGUGUGUAUGGUGUGGAGAACAGCAGCAUGUUCCUUGAGUGCAGCCCCAAAUCUCAGAGAGCCCUCAUCUUCUGGCAGCUCCAGAGACCCAAUGAUGACCGCAAGCACGAGAUCAAGCUGGAUGAGAGGGUGCUGCGUACAGAGCAGGGCCUGCUGAUCCGCAGCCUCUCCCAGUCCGACUCGGGUAUCUACCAUUGCCACGCCGUGGAGCAUGGUUUCAUCCAGCCGCUGCUGCGCCUCUCUCUCCAGGUGAUCCCCACGCAGAGGCUAGGCGACAUCUUACCGGCCCUCGCUGGCGCAAACGGCGGCGCGGGCCACUCGGCCAAACACCGGCUGUGGUAUCGAGACUUCUUGUCGCUGCUGGACCACCCGGACUUCAACAGCGUCGAGGAGUUUUGCGAUCGCGUUUGGAGGAAGGAGCGCAAACAGAAGAGGGGGAAAGCACCCAACGGCAAUUCUCCGACAAAGCCUGAUGGCACAAGCGUCCCCAGCUCUGGGUUGAAGCCCAGAGCUGUGGCGCCUACGGCCCAGAAGCAGCAGGGCGGUCUGCCUCUGAACAGCCCGAGGCUCCAAGCCGGAGGCCAGACGGUAGAGGGGUCACUCCGGGGCCCUAACCCUCAAAAAGGUCAACAAAACCUGGGCGCGGAAGGGGGACAGGUGCCUAAGAGUAACCAGAAGGUGCAGAACGGCCAGAAGGAGUCCCAGGUCGUGGGUGGAUCGCGAGUGAGUGCACAGCACACGGCCAAGUGGAGACGAAUGCAGGAGAAUAAGAAGGGACGCAAUAGGAGGACCCACGAGCUCCAAAGACCCCCACGCAGCGUCUGAGAAUACCUGAACAUCAUUUACACACACACACACACACACACACACAAACACGAUGACAUACACUCAUGCGCACACUGACACAUAUAAAUACUCAUACACUGCUGUUGGUUGUAAAUGCAAACCAUUAUUUGAUCCAUAACUGCAGUCAGCACAAAACCCAUUUAUAACAGGAACACCAGUAGAAUAUAAAAUAAAAGCAAUCAUACAGAAUUACAGUCAGAGAGUUAUAGUAAAGGACAUCACAUCAUGAUACACACACACACACACACACACACACUUACACACACAGUCUGUGAAGAGAGCAUUGACAGCAAACUGGAAUGCAUACUGUAAAUGUGCGAGGAUAUAACUGUCCGGGACUCGGCCUGGCGGACACAGAAGCCCUCCUGUACAUAAGCUACUUAAAGGUGACUGGGACAAAAAUGGAGUGAUUCAUGUUAAGUAAGGAUGUUGAUGUGUUCCUUCUAUAUGAUAACAUCAUCUUUUCGCACAGCUUGACUCAACACAGCGGGCAAACAAUCCUUCAGACAAGGUUCGUAGGUCAUGUGGACGUCGAUAGGCGGCAGCGGCGUACAUUCAUUGCAGCUGGCCCCUCUUUUGACCCGAGCUUGAGAUGUGAGCCGCACCGUUGUGGACGUGGAUUGGAUUAAAAACUCUUAAAUGGAUGAACUGUCUGUGAGGAGGACCCGGUCGGUCAGUCGGUCGGUCGGUCCGUCCUGUUCUUUUUAAAGUCAUUCAAAUGGAAACAGAGCACCGACAGCACCUUUUCAGAGCCGUAACCGGGCGUCUGAUGGCGGAUGGAAGGAAAAGGGGGUCUUGACUUGUCAGGGGCAUCCUGGGAGGGGGCGCGGCGAAUACACAGCGCACGCUUUUGUUGGUCAAACGUUGAGUGGUUUGCGAAAAAGAGGUGGUUUUAUUUGGUCGGGCUCGCGGUCUGCAUCCGCGCCCCCUCGUGUUGUGUGAAGAUGAACAGAAGCAUUGAUGACGUGCAGAACUGCAAAGCCAUGCCUCGGUUGUGCAGCCAAAGUGUGUCAUCACGACCCUGUCCACCCAAGGCGGGGGAAGCACCGUGCAUGUUAUUGUCAAUCAAUGUUUCAAUAAGCUAGUUCCUUGACAGUUGUUUUAGGGAAAUUCUAGAGGGUUUUUAUUUCCUUUCUUUUCUUUCUUUCUUUCUUUCUCUCUUUCUUCCUUUUUUUACAGUCUAAAAAUGUUAUUUUUCUUUUAUAAUUACUUUCCCUUUCAUGCAAACCACUCCUUCUGUUGUGGCGUAAAGAUACAAGCAUAGCAACCUUAUUUUACAAUAUCCCUCUUGCUCCCCGGGGUUCUGUGUUAAGUUAUUGUGUUAUUUCUUUUCUUUUUUUUUACGGGAUUUAUCGGCUUUGGGCGUGAAUUCCAGCGUUAGGCCAUGUUAAAAAUCCAGUCUGAGUAAGACUGCCAAUUUUUUUGUGUACAUAUAUACAACAAACUUAACUCUUUGUGUAUGUACAUAUAUACAGUAUAAGAACACCACUUGGUUGUUAUUAUUUAUUGCUCAUUGUUUUGUGAAAGGGUUGCAUUUAUUUUUGAUAUUAUAGUAUUUUGGCUCA